UCGCUGGGUGUCCAAAAUGAUUGGAAAAAUACCCGUUUCUGUAGUCUUCAUUUCGACGCUGGUAAAAAUCCAAGUUGUUUGGGUUAAGUCACACGUGUCACAAGAACUUCCAGUCCAGCACGGCGUCCAGUUUGUGGGAGUCGGCUACAACAUUUUAGAUGGAAAUCCUGAAGGGGGCGACUUGACCACUGGAGGGGUCGACCCUGGUCUUUUAGUCAGUCGGCGAAUCUUUCAGUUUACUUUUGACCAGGGGCACAAAACCGCAGACCAGCUGCAUCGAAUUCCUGACGAAGUUGUGUUUGUCAGGCGAAGUAGCGCCUUCCAAAAAUCAUCCCUUACAACGUUCCAUGGUACGGAAAGCUACGCUUCAAAACUGGCUGCACAGGUUGAAGUAGGGGGUGGAUAUGAAGGCGCCACAGCUAGUGUUCAAUUUGCUGCAAGUGCUCGUUACCAAAAUGUGAAAAAGAAAACUUCUGGUGAGGGAUCGGUGUUCUUAAGCAAUGAGACCAUAUCAAACUUUGGGGAAGCACGCUACAGGACAGAACUAAUGAGAACGGGGAAUCAAUCACUCAAUACAGGCUUUGUGGCUGACGCUUGUCUGCUUCCAGAAACCUACACCGAAGAAACAAAGCAUCAAUAUAUGAAAUUUAUGGACGAUUGGGGAACGCACGUUGUAGUUCGAGUAUCUUUGGGAAUGAAAGAAGGCGAACACUAUGAAGAAAAUCGAUCAUCCUUCGUCAACUUUGCAGCUACAAAUGUAGGAGGUAGCAUCUCUGCUUCUGGUGCCUAUAUGGGAUUCAGUGCGUCCUUAUCGGUUGAUAUGGAAUCUUUCAACAGUGAUUUGAAUAGUGACACUCAGUUCGGCAAGGAGGCAUCAAGCUACAGGAUAGGAAGUGAGACAUUUAAUGAACCUAUAAGUAUCGAACUGAUAGCCAUGCCGGAGAUCUUUGAGUCAGACUACUGGACUGGAUUGGAUGACUAUAUAUCUGAAGGGCACUGUACUCCUUCUUUUAAUCAGACUAAAGUGAAGGAAAACAUGGAUAAGGCUUUGCUGGGGUUCGCCAAAUGGCGCGAAAUUGACAAUAGCACAAAUCCAUCCAUCAGAAUUCCUCUGACGUGGCCGGAUGGGAAGUAUGGUCUUCCUAGACCUUACAAUGGGUGCCCUUCAAGAGACUGGGAAAAGGGAUCUCGCUGGCAAGUAGGACUACCUACCAAUAAGAACAUCUUAGGCCUUACUGACACAAAUAUGUACCUUGCUGGUUGGGUUUGGGAGCAUUCAUCGAGACAAGAAUUCUGCAUAAAAACCGUUUCUGAAAUCCAAGGUUCUAGAUGGCAGUGGCAGCCUGGUUCAUACUGUAUCUACCGAUACGGUUCAAGAUGCCCACAAGGCUUCACUUCUAGUUACAUAGACUGGAAUUAUGGGGAUGGCGUACAUUUGGCCGAUGAGGGCGUGGUGCCAGCUGGAACACAGACUAAACAAGAGUUCUGCUGCCGAGCAGAUAACACCGCGACACAGGCAAUACACUUACCCACCGAUUCCAACUUUAUGCUUCUGACAGUUUUUGAUACCUGUCAACAAGUAAACGGUAUGAGUGUGAAGAAGCUGUGGCUAUACCUUGCGACUGACCAGACGACUCAACACGAGCCUCAGGACGAGGGUCCUGGCGCUCAAGUGGAUACAGAAGGAGUGACAUUAAACUUCUGCUACUACUACACUGAUCCUAAUGACAUUGUGUUCUCUCAUGAGAAAAUGACUACACAGGCUGUAGUGGAGGUAAUAAAAUUACAAAAUGCCUACUUAAACGUAGCAAUGCAGGGCUGAUGGAGUACAUGGGUAAUGUCACUACCAGAGCAGGCAGGGUGGCCGACAAACUUCUCCAUGUUACCGAAUUAUCAACACAUUGUUUGUUCCGACCGAGCGAAGCGAGCAAUGAAAAAACGUCUCCAUUUUCAUUGAUUGCCACAUUAGGGUACAUUAACAUCAAAUAUUAAAAAAGAAGCAUCCACAUAAAAAAAAUGAAGAGAAAGACAAAAAGAUAAAUGAAACAAAAGCAUAUUUUACAGUGAUAAAUGUUAUUAAUCAUCAUGAUGAGAAUCACUGGAAGACAUCAUUAUCAAUGCAUUUAAUUCAGGCAACAAAAGUCUUGUGUUGUAAUGAUAGUAAUAGUAUAGGGCCUAGAAAACGCAUUUCACAUCUGUACCAUAGCACUUUAGUUUUUACCAACGAACGUAGAGGGCAGCAACACACGGCAGUGUUGCACUGCCACUGAUCUCUCCACAUAUAUAUACUGAUACAUCUCUGUCUCUCCACUAACCUCGUGGAGAGAUCAGUGUGCACCACAGAAAUACAAUAGUUAACAAUAGACCAGUUCGUAGUUACUUCAUGGGCAAUUUUGGUCAAAUGACCUUUCAUUUCUUUCAUC